AUGAAGUUCGGAAAGUACCUCGCGUCGCGCCAGCUCGAGUUGCCCGAGUACGCCAGGCACUUCAUCAACUACAAGGCGCUUAAGAAACACAUCAAGGCCCUUGCGCGCAGCCACACGUAUGUGCACGACGAGGAAGAUAGUGAGUCCGUUGCGCACGCCUCGCUGCACGCGCUUGUCGCCCGCGACCUGUCGCCCGUGGCCUCGCCAGACCCUUCGCCCGAAGACCGUCUCAAGGCCAACAAGGCCUCCUUCUUCUUCAAGGUCGAGCGUGAGCUCGAAAAGGUCAACAUGUUCUACCUAGAAAAACAGUCCGACUUGAACAUUCGCUUGGACAUUCUCCUCACCAAGAAGGGCAAGAUCCUCCAGCUGCUCCGGCUUCCGCGGCGGUCGUCCGCGGUUACCGUGACCGCGGCCGCGGCGAGCGCGACACACUUAGCCUCCACGAAGAACACGCUCUCCAUCAACAUCCUCUACAAGAACUUCCAGAAGCUCCACCAGGACGUGCUCCGACUCGAGCAGUUUGUGGAGUUGAACGAAAUUGGAUUUACCAAGGCAUUGAAGAAGUGGGACAAACAGUCCAAGUCACACACCAAGGAGUUGUUCAUCUCCACGGCGGUCAACGUGCAGCCGGUGUUUCAUCGAUACGAAAUUAACGAGUUGAGCGAUACCGUGAGCGGGUGCCUUCUUGAACUCGAGGCGAUCAUGGACGGGGACCUCCCCAAGGGGGGCCCUGCUCUUGCCGUGGUUCUGGGACGGGCUGCUCGCCUCGCCGCUUCCUCUGGUCUUGCCGCUAGCCUGACGGGCUCGCCUCCGCCAGGCUCUCCCUCGAGUGACGGUUCCGAUACCGAUGACAAGGAGAUGGACGAUAUGUACAACGAAUUUGUCAACUUGUCGCUGCUCCCGCCAUCACCCGAAACGGAAUCUGUGCUUACCGAGUGGAUUCGUGCCACCAUCGCGCGUACUUAUGCGCGUGAAAAGAUCUCGCGCGUUUUCCUCCACGCGGUCGGCAACGCGACCAUUUCCGACGAGUUUCUCCAGCGUGCGCUUGCGAUUCUCGAGGAUUCACCGCUGUCGUACCUUGAUUUGAGUCUUACGGACGAAUUGACAGGUGAGACGUGUCUCCACGCGGCGUGCAAGCUCGCCCAGGCGCGGCGGUUUGUCAUCCCGCUUGCGCUUGCCGCGGGCGUGCCGAUCGGAAUGCAGGAUGGGAACGGGCGCACGUGUCUUCACUAUGCGUCGGUGAACGGGCGGGACGAGGUGUUAAGGGAGCUUCUUGAGGCUACCGGCGAGGUGGAUGACUGCUCCGACGGCCAAACCGCCUACCGGGUGGACAUCCUCGACAACGAGUCCAUGUCACCGCUCCUCCUCGCGAUCCAGAACAACGCCCUUGCGUGCGUGCAGGUGCUCCUCGCGCACGGUGCCAACCCCUUCCCCCGCCUGGACGACUCGACGUUGCAGUACCUCCCGCUCAACUACGCGUGCCGCUUCGGCGACGCAGCCGUCGUCCACGCGCUCAUUGCGUGUGCGCCAGCUGUGCCACACCAGGCGGAUGUCGAGGGCCUCUAUCCGCUCCACGUGGCUGCGCGCUACGGUCAUGCGCACCUUAUCCUGCUUCUCGUGCAGGGGGUGGAUGAAUCCGGUAGCUUGCCACUCAAGGAUGACCUGAGCGAGGUCAACCGUCUUGACGGCCUCAACAAAUGGCCGCCCCUCUUCUAUGCCAUAACGAACAGCCACAGCGACACUGCCGAGCAGCUAAUUCUCCACGGCGCGCAUUGCGGUGAAGACAUGCUCGACGAUGAUGGGUUCCUGGCGCUGUACUACGCGGCGAUGGCCGGAGGUGCGCGCGAGCUCAACCUUCUCCUCAAAUACGGCGGGAUGCGCCGUCAAUCUGUGCCCACGCGAAAGGACUCACGCUCGCAGUCGCCGAUGGAUCUCAUUCCAGACUUCCAGCUCCCCCCACCAAUCAUCCCGUUGCGCCGCUACGGCCACAACUUUUUGGAUAAAAAGAUCUUUCUCCAGUUGCAGUUCUAUCCGAACCGCGAAAGCAUCGUGCUAUACAACUCCGUGCCCGGUGGUGCGAAGCUCGCAUCGUCCUUCGCGUCUGCGGAUACCGUGCACGCGAACUCACGCCACACGCUGCAUGCGAGUGCGCCUGUGAGCGCGGCGGGCGCGUACAAGCAGCCGCCUGGACGCAUCACGCUCUCGACCAACAUCCUGGAUGUGGUGCCGCGCAACAUUCUCCUCCCGAUCACUGACAGCACCAACACCGUUUCGUUCCAGAUCGAGGCGCGCGACUUGGCACAGUUCGCGGUGGACUUUGAGCUCUUUCCGACGUUCGGCACACGGCUCAUUGCCAAGGCCACGAGUAUGGUCAAUCUCUUUACGCGCGCGGGCAAGCUCCACGGAUAUAACGUGACGGUGCCGUUGUUUGACGUGAGGUUGCGGAAUGCGGGAGAGCUCAAGUUUGAUUAUCGGAUUGUGCAUCCGUACUCGGGCGUGCCGUUGGAGAUAUCGAAGUACGAGACGUAUUGGAAGAGUACCAAAAAGGACGAGAUCUUUACGCGCGAUAGCGCGGGGAAGGUGCGCGAAGGUUCCGCACGCGACACGGAUGGGCCCGCGCGUGACGCAGACGGACCCGUGCGCGACGCUAACGGAACUGCGCGCGACCUUGCAUCUCCCUCCAUGCUCUCCUUUGUCACCGCCUCUUCCCUUUCCGGCCAGUACCUCCGCAUCCGGCUCGUCAUGCUCAACGAUGGGACCCCUGUGGUCUGUCCCCACUGGCUGAUCCCCGUCGGCUCUAUCGACGUGCCCAUUGCGAACCUCACCCCCGCGGAGCUCGACCGAAUCACCUCCGACCUCUUUGACUACCCUAAGCUUAUGCUGGACCUCCAUGGCCGCAAUUUCAAUACGAAAUUACUCCAAAAAGUGCUCAAGAUCAUUUACCUUCCGUUCAAGGCGUUUUUACAGAUUGUCCCUCCAGAGGUGAAUCUUGAUAUCGAAGUCUACUACCCCACAGAUAUCGAGCUCCAGCAGUUGCCGUACCUGCUUAAUAGUGUGCGGAACUCCAACAAGUUCAUCGACGCGAUCUUGACCAAUAUCUUUACCCAUAUCCGCGCGCUCAAGGAGGCCGGCACGGUGGCCUCGCGUUCCAUCGUGUUUUCCUCGAGCAACCCAGAUAUUUGCACGAUUUUGAACUGGAAACAGCCGAACUACCCUGUGUUUUUCAGCAUGGGUGGUCUUCGUUUCGAGAGGGAGUUCUGUAACACCACGACGCACGGGUUCGCGCUCUGCGGUGCGAAGGAAGAUGUCGCGACGUACAGCUUGAGCGCGGCGUUAAAGUUUGCGACAAAUAAUAACUUGCUAGGGAUCAUCGUCGCGGGGCGGUUGCUCGAGGCGGUGCCGGACUUGGUUGCGACGAUCCGCUCACGCGGUUUGAUCUUGGUUGCGACGCAGGACGCGGAUCACACUGCUGCGCCUGCGCCGCUUGCAAACAUCAACGGGCAGCGAUUUAAUGACGUGUUGAGCUUCAAUGAGGAUGUUUCGGUGUAG